AUGUAUUACAAUUCCAAAGUACUGAAACCAUAUCAUGUUAUGGGGAGGGGCCAUGCUGCUGAUAAACGCCUGCAGGAGCUCCAGGCCAUGCUGCCCGGCCCAGAGAGCCUCCCUGGGUUCAAGAUGUACCUCAUCAACUUUGAGAAGGAUGAUGACAGCAACUUUCAUAUAGAUUUCAUUGUGGCUGCAUCCAGUCUCCAGGAAGAGAACUAUAACAUUCCCCAUGCUGACCGGCAUAAGAGUAAGUUGAUUGCAGGGAAGAUCAUUGCAGCCGUUGCCACAACCACCGCAGCUAUAGUUGGCCUUGCAGGUCUGGAGCUUAAGGUAGUGCUGGGACACCAACAGCUUUAGUCCUAUAAGAACAGCUUCAUCAACUUGGCCCUGCUCUUUUUCAGCUUCUCUGAGCCCCUUGCCCCACACCGUCACCAGUACUAUAACCAGCAGUGGACAUUGUGGGAUCGCUUUGAUGUACAGGGGCUGCAGCCUAAUGGUGAAGAGAUGACCCUCAAGCAGUUCCUUGACUACUUUAAGAGCACAAGUUGGAGAUCACCAUGCUGUUCCAGGGUGUAUCCAUGCUCUACUCCUUUUGCAUGA